AUGGCAAGGUCGACCAGAGCAACUUCGAAGGAACCUGUUCGGAAGCAACCAGUUCGGAAGCAGCCAAGACGAGGUAGAUCCGCAGAUCCAGAACCAACACCAGCUCCUGCCGCUGAUGGUCCUGCCCAAAAUGGCAAAGGCAAGAAAGGACGAGGACGUCCCAGCCUGGGCCCUAUUGUCGAGGAGCCAGCGAGCCCAGGUGCAGAUCCAGACGAGAACGACGACAAUAACGACAACAACGACGAGGAGGCGGCCGAACAGCAAGUCAAUCUCGAAGAGUUAAGUCCGACUCUUUCGACCGGACCGGAAUUCAAUGCAGUGGAUCGUCCGGAUCCUGAAGCAAUCAGGGCAGCAGGUGAAAUCGUAUACCUUCCCGAACCACGUGGCUUCUUCAACAGGAAGAACGAGGUCUGUUACCGCAACUCCGCGAUUGUGAUGUUGCUCUCGAGUAGCAAACUCAUGUCAUGGAUUGAACAUCGCUACAUCCCUAACCUUCAUGCCGGGGGAGUGGUCGUUGACAGUGUUAUUGCAAAGGCUGUCUCCAAAAGCGGCAAGAAACCAAAGGGCGUCCUCUACACCGACUGCUGGUGCGAGCUAAAUAUUCUGCAUGGCCUGUGGUGUGACGACGACGUUUCUCAGAAGACCCUCGACGAUGCCAUGAACGCUUUCUGGAGGUGGCUCAAGAAGGAAGACAAAAAGGCGCCGAACCCGUGGGGCGAUAACUUUGAUGGACAGCAAGAUGCCAUGGACUUUGUGACAUGGCUUUUCAGCCUAGCGACAGCGCAGCUCGAACACUUUGCAGAAGUCCAGGAGAACAAAAAAACGCAACCAGCGUUGGAUUCCGUACAACUGAGCCUACUCAGAUCUGUUAGGAUUGACGAACUUGUCAGCAUUGAACAAACAAACCGGAGCCUUUGCGUUGUCUGCGGCGGUCUGCGGGGAGAUGAGACCGAAAGGUCCAAAUUCCGUUUCGAGCGCCCGGAAUCAACGCUCGACUGGAAACUCUCAUUGAGCAAAUCACCCGAAGACCGCCAACCGGCGGCCAAAUCCGCGCGUCCGAGGUCGAUCGAAGAAAUCAUCGAGGGGGAAAUGAAGUCUUUGGCGCAUGGUUCGAGGUGCAGCACCUGCUAUUCAGAAUGGGAGGUUAUGAAGGACAACGCCAGAGAAGAGGCGCGAAAGAAAGGCGGGAAUGCGGCAGUGGACAAAGUAAUGAAGAAGAUACUUGGAGAUCUUGAGACAGUCCUUGAGAGAAAAACCACGCAGUGGAAGCGCCUUCGAAUCCUGCCUGAAGUGUUGAUUGUCCAACUCAAACGCUUCAAGGUCGAGCAACGGGUAACCAGGAAGGGAAUCGAGGUUUCAACGUUGAAGGAUAACACACCAGUCCGCAUCAACGAGUAUCUUGACCUGGGGCCCUGGGUUGAAUAUCGUGGCAAAGAGGAGGUAGCAGCCGCCGGGUCUACCAGGUAUCGAUUGACGGGCAUCAUCAAUCAUUUCGGAGACUUGGUCGGGGGCCAUUAUGUCGCCGAAGUCAGGAUCGACGACACCUGGUACGAAGCCAAUGACAUGAAUGUCAAGACCGGCCCAGGUCUGCAGAGUCUUCUGAAAGAUAAGGGUUGGACCCCGUAUGUGCUCUUGUAUGAAAAGUGUCCCGUUGAGGAUGAGGAUGUGGUUGACAAUGUGGUUGCGGGUGAAGAAGAUGAGACGGACGUUGCCGCCAUUGCCAACGUCCAUGCCAAAGUCACAGCGACUGCUGACGGCGAUGAUGAUGGCGGUGACGAUGAUGAUACUGAUCAUGAUGACGACAAGGGCAACCGCAACACUAAAAAUGCCAAGGGCAAGGGCAAGGGCAAGGGCAAAGACACAGAAAAGCGGAACAAAAAUACCCCUGACGGCAGCCCCAGUGCAGGCGUGGCGGCCAGUCCACCUCGGAGCUCACCAAGAUCCCGCUUGCUCCCUACUGUUCAGGGGUUCGACAAGGAACGAAAGUUUGAUAUUCAAAUCGCCAAAGACGCCGUUCAGAAGGGUCAGAUGUCUCUCAAGGUCCGCGCCACGAUCAAUGGCUGCGUUGUCCAUUUCCCAAUUUACGUCCUGAGCGGGUGCGGUACACAGCAGGGAGGGACUGGACGACAGACCGCAGAGAUCGACAUGAUCCUUCGCGACCACGACGAUGCCGAGGCACAGAUCACGGCACGGACUAUCCUGACUCUUGUCCCAACGAGCCCCAAGAAGCGUAAGCGAGAGGGGAGCGAUGAGACCCCGGAGACAAGUCCUGGAAAGAAACCAAAGCGCGAUAACGGGGAAGCGGCGAAGACCUCCAUUAUCAAUCGAAGGGGUAAGGGAAACAAUUGGAGUGGUGAUAAGAAGAAGAAGAAGACCCCACCACGGUCGAGCCCUCGGACACGGCCACCGACGCGUGCGGUGAGCGAGCCUCCCAGCGUACACGCCUGGAAGACGAAGCCGUACGACGGCCCUGGGUUGGACUACGAAGAGACCCCGAGGGAUGUGAGAGGGAAGUCGAAGGAUUCGGACCUUGAUUCCUUAUUCAAUAGUCCUUAG